AUGGCUGCUGAGGAAGAAGGUGAACUGAUAGGAAAUCAGGUCUCCUAUGUAAAAGCUAUUGACAUCUGGAUGGCUGUGUGCCUUCUCUUUGUGUUCGCUGCAUUAUUGGAGUAUGCAGCAGUCAACUUUGUUUCAAGGCAGCACAAGGAGUUUCUGAGGCUUCGAAGAAGGCAAAAGAGACAAAACAAGGAAGAUGAUGUUACUCGUGACAGUCGAUUCAAUUUUGGUGGCUAUGGAAUGGGUCACUGUUUACAAGUUAAAGAUGGCACUGCAGUCAAGGCUACACCUCCCAACCCUCCUCCAGCACCACCAAAAGAUUCGGAUUCCAUCAAAAAGAAAUUUGUUGACCGUGCAAAACGGAUUGAUACAAUAUCGCGGGCUGCAUUCCCACUAGCCUUCCUCAUUUUCAACAUAUUUUACUGGAUAACAUACAAAAUCAUUCGGCAUGAGGACAUUCACAAGAAAUAGGCAACUUUGAGCUGCUGGGACAUUUUAGCCAAAGUGUUUUGUUUUGUAAAUAAAUGUGAAAUGUCUUUCUGUCAUUUGGACUGAGACGUUGCCCCUCCCCUUUCCCUACCAUGAUGCUGAAGAGAAGAGGA